AGCGAUCGCAAGUUGUCCGAGAAAAAUCCCGAACACCGGCAGCACCGAGGCUUUCUACACAACCCCAGCACAGGUGCAGUACCCGGAUUUUGACAUAAAAACGCAUCGUUGAGCGUUUUUCGUCCAUUUACUUUUCCCGUUAAAGAACCUGGUUAUUUCUUAUUUAAAAAAUAGGUGUUUUUGCUUAUUUAAUAUUGCGUUUUUAGGUUUCAUCGCACCUAUUCAGGUUAUUUGCUAGAAUACUCAAAGUUUAGACAUUUAGCGAGCUUAAGCUGCGAAUUUUGCGAAAAGUACCUUCUGGAAAGGCUGAUUUCUGAGUCCCAGAAGUGGUAAUUUUACUCAGCAGUUUGAUUGUGGCAAUUGUUUUUUGCAGUUUAUCUUCGAAAAGCUAGGACGUAUUCGAGAGAUUACUUAAGUCCUGACAUAUAUCUUGAGGUGUUUGUGCGAUUGCUUAAAAUUUUACGCUCAGCAAAAUCAUCUUCUCUGUUGUCUCAGUUGUUUGGUACAAAGAUUUCGCUUUGAGGUUUUUUAAUCCGUUGUUUAUUCAUUCGUUGCUGUGUUUAAAUCUCCCAUGCGUGUUUGGUUAAAGAAGAUUCCCGAUGGCACUGUUACUUCAAUAAAGCUGACGAAGGAACUACUAGUCGAUGACUUAAAAGAUGCAAUUGUCCAAAAGUACCCUAUCCGAAUUGGUCAGUUUUACGAUGCACCCGAUGUCUCCAUCCACGUAGUUACAAAAGUCAACGGUGGACGGGACACGCAGGCUCGUGAACUUGCUCCUAACGAGAGCUUGUUCAUCAUCAUGGAGAAGUAUUACCCGGGUGGACAAAGCUUAUCCGAUGCUCUUCUAGUCACAGUGCCUCCUGUGCCCCCAGCAUUGCGACCUCCAUACUCAUCAUUUCCAUAUACAAAUUCGUCGACCACGGGUGGAGGCUCGUUUUCGUACCCGGCACCGUUUAACGGCAAUACUGGUCCACUGACUAGCCGGUAUGUUCACGAGAACGGUCCUGGAAAUCAAGUCGAUUACUUCCCUGUGGUCCCUUCAGCUGGAUUGGAACCGUCCAACGAGCAAUCCCCAAAUCUUCGAAACUCACAUGUUCCGUUAACCAUUAACCCAAAUGCAGCUAUGGCUAGUGAUAUGCCGCCGAACUCUGCUAGUGCCGCCAUUCCCUUUGCAUCAUUAUCCUCCACGUCUUCCUCGAACCCUGCUCGCCCACGCCGUUCCGUUGCUAUGAACACAAACCAUCCUUCUCCCGGUGUUCUUCUCCUCCCCCGAAUUUCUCGCCAUCAUAGCCAUGCUUCUUCCCAUCGUCACUCCUCUUCUCAGAAUGAGACGGCAAUUUCCGCAGCCGUCUCUAACGGCUCUGCCGCCACAGCAACAGCAGCACCUGCUGGUAACGAACAUUGUUUACAGGCAAGUUCACCGGCGAAACUUUCAGCUGCCGAUGAGCAAAUGUAUACGUUGCCCAUUGACGAUGCUCCACCGUCUCCCCGUUCAACUGCUCAAGUUCGACGUAAGAACUCUAAUUCAGGUAAUUCAAUUACUGAUGCCGUUGGUGUCAAUUUCAUGUCUUCCAAGGACUCGGUUUCGCUAGAAGAAGCAACUCAGGGUGUUCUUUCCGAUUUGAAAAAGCCUAAGGCUGCAGAAGAGCUUUCCCCGUUCACUCUAGAUAGCCCACUGAUUGCACCAGAUGAACGGUCACCUUUGGAUUCAACCUCAUACAAUCAGGAUCACCAUCACAUUCAUGCUUCUCGUUUCAGAAGAAAGUCCUUAAACAUCGCCGCCUCUUCUGGUGCUGGAGGUGCAUCUGUGGGAACAUUAUUGGAUGGUCUUGUUCCCCCAAUUCACGUCCUCAUCGUGGAAGACAAUAUUAUUAACCAAAAGAUUUUGGAGGCCUUCAUGAAAAAGCGCAACAUUCGUUCAACCGUGGCUCAUGAUGGCCAAGAGGCACUCGAUAAAUGGAAAAAGGGAUCAUUUCAUCUUAUUUUAAUGGACAUUCAGCUACCUGUUAUGUCUGGCAUUGAGGCGACGAAAGAAAUUCGUCGCUUAGAGCGUGUGAAUGCAAUUGGUGUCUGCGUGAAAAAACCCGAAGAGCCUAUUGCUGAAGGAGAUCGACUUCCAGAAGUUGAAUUUCGGUCGCCCGUUAUUAUUGUCGCCUUAACAGCGUCGAGUUUACAGAGUGAUCGAAAUGCCGCAUUAGCUGCAGGGUGUAACGACUUUUUAACAAAGCCUGUUUCCCUUGUUUGGUUGGAAAAGAAGAUCACUGAAUGGGGUUGUAUGCAAGCGCUAAUUGAUUGGAACCGUUGGCGCCGCUUUCGGGGACAUUAACACUACAGUGUUUAUUUAAUUAAUAUUUGCAAUAGAUGAUUACACUGUGAAUACUGCGUCGUUCUUUUUAUUUACUUCUUCACAACUAAAGUUUCCACCUCCUUCCCAUUGAUUCUGGUUCGUAACAAGGUUUGUUAUUGUUCCCAUUUCACCAAGUGAUUCACUUCAGCCCUGCCCUUAUAUCUACUUGCAGUGAUUUUACAAAGUCUUUACGACAUCCAUUGUAACUGAGCACGUUAAGAAAGGGAGCUUUAGGUUUUGUAUAUUAUCA